AAAACGCACCGUCGUUUAAAGUCUUUCUUCAACCUCUCUUCUCUAGGGUAUUAUAAUUUAAGGCUUCUUUUUGUGCCUCUAUGGCAAACCCUCUUUCCUUAAUCCUUACCCGUCUUCCCAAGUAAAAGAAAAAUGGCUUUCUGGGGAACUGAAGUAAAACCCGGAAAGCCUUUCACUCAUAAUGUCGAUGAUACGAGAGGUCGGCUCCAUAUUUCGAUGGCGUCACUAGGGAUGGGGAAAGCAACAACGAAAAGCGUUCUUCAGUGUAAUGUAGGAAACAAGAGCCCUGUUUUUCUAUGCUCUUUGUAUCCUGAGAAGACCGAGUCAUUGCAACUGAAUUUGGAAUUUGAGGAGGUUGAUGAAGUUGUCUUCUCUGUUGUUGGUCCUCGGAGUAUUCACCUCUCUGGCUACUAUUUAGGUAGUGGUGGUCGAAUUCGUGGUAUAAGUGAAGAAUCAGAAUCAUAUGGUGAAGAUAUAGCUGACACAGACACCCAGAUAUCUGAUAACAGUGAAGAAGAAGAAGAGUUUGAAGAUAGCUUCAUUAAUGAUGAGGACCCAGAAGUGUUCCCACCUUCUCCUGUUUAUAGUGAUGGAGAUGGAGUGUCCAAAGAGUGUGGUUUAGAGGAUGGUCUGGAUGAUAAGAAACGUCCGGAUGGAAAGAGAAAUCGCAGACGACUUAGGAAGAAGUACCAACUAGUUGAGUCUGAUGAUGAGGAACAAUCCCCAAAGAUGAAUAAGUCGAAUGGUAGAACUGCAGUUCCAGUAUUGGACUGUGACGAUGAAGAUAACUUCCCAAUCUUCUCUUGUAUUAAGAAUCGAGCUGCUAAAAAAAGUAAAAUGAAUGGUGAAGAAAAUGCUGUCAAGGGAACUGAUGAAAUCUCCAACAAGAUGACAGAAGAUGAUGGAAAUUAUAAUGCUGAAUCAAAAGGAAACACUGAUGAUAUUGUUCUAGGUGAUCAGCCAACAAGGCAAUCUGAUUUGCCAGUUGAUCCAUUGCCUUCAGAAGUGGGCCAUAUAAGUAAUGGAAUAUCAAAGAAGAGGAAAGAGCGGUCAGCUGAGGGGUCUAGUGAAAGUGACAAGGCCUACUGUGAUAAUGUUCUAAAUGAAGUCAAAAUGCAGCAAUGUGAAGCAAAUACUGAAGAUGGACAAAUGCAGAUGAUGGCUCAUGUUAAUCAAACUGAAUUGCCGAAUGUCUUGACACUUCGUUCUACCGAGGUGGGCCAUGAAAAUGACCAGAAACGGAAGAAAAAGAAGAAAAGGAAAGAGCAGAAGAAUGAGAAUAAAUUUUCUGAUGUUGACAGUGCAAGCCUAAUGAAUGAUGUAAAAGAGAAUAAAGACCUACAAGAUGAUUCAAGAGUUGCCAGCGUUGGCGAGGAUCUAUCCGUAAAAAGUGAACAAAUUUGGGAAUCAGCCAAUGAUCAGAGUUUUGAUCAUGAAUCCCAUGGAUUUACUGACAAAAACCAAUCUGAAGAUAAGAAAGUUAAGAAGACAAAGAAAAAGAGUAGAGUAAAAGAGAAUGGGGUGGUGGUCAACACAGAUACUCUGUUAUUGGUUGAAGAAAAUAACACUUCUAUGAAGGAUAAGGAACCUAAAACAUUACAGGUUCGAACCCUUCAGAAUGGAUUGGUUGUUGAAGAGCUAGAAUUGGGCGAACAAGAUGGGAAAGUGGCUUUUUCUAAGAAAAAGAUAAGUGUCCAUUAUGUUGGAAAGUUGAAGAAUGGAGAAGUUGUUGACUCAAAUGUUGGCAGUGAUCCUUUCAAGUUUCGCCUAGGUGCAGGAAAAGUCAUACAGGGUUGGGAUGUUGGUCUUGAAGGUAUGCGAGUUGGAGAAAAGAGAAGACUUACUGUACCCCCACCAAUGGGUUAUGGGAGCGAAGGAGAUGGUAAAAAUAUUCCGCCAAACUCAUGGCUUGUUUACGAAGUUGCAUUGGUCAAAGUCCAUUGAUUAAAUCACCUGUUAAAUGGUAAUGGCGUUUUCGAGAUCGUCAGUUCAAAGUGAGUGGUUGGAUAAUAAUUUUGUGCAAGGCCCGAGGGACACUCCCCAAAUUUUGUUAUAGAUAGAUGGCUUUUUUGUAAAUCUGUUUCUCAUGUAUUUCAACCUGUUUCAAUUUUUUUUUGGUCCUAAAAAAGGUUAAUUAUGUGUAUUUUGAAAUUUACUUGGUCAAGAAAUUGCCGAAUGGAGAAAGAAAACUGUAAAUUAGUUAUAAAGUUGUAAAUGCCAGUAAUUUUGGAACUUUUAUUUUGUAGAAGUAAAUUUAAUGAUAAACUGCAAAAAGAAAAAUAUACCUUCUACUUUGUUACGUGAGGA